AGGCCUUUGCCUGCCAGAAUGGGCACAUCAUAAGGGAAAGUCUCUACAUCUCUAAUGUCCCACUUUGCCUCCAUUGCUAGGCACUCAUCUGAGGCAUUCCCCACACCCAAAAGAGGGACUUGCAAGCAGAUGAGUCCACAGUCAGGACUCCCUCUCAGGCUAGUAACUGCUAGAAUGCCUAAGAUGACCUCAUAAAGCAGAGAAUCCUUCCCAGCAUCCCUCUCGCUGCCUCUUAGAAUCCAAGUAUCCAAGGAAAUCCUUAGGCAGAGGUUUUUGGUUAUAUGGUAAAAGCAAGGGAUAAAAACAGAAAAGUUGGGAGAUGUCUCACCGCUUUUCCCACAACCCUGUAAGAGUUGUGUCUAGCUCACUGUUUAGUACUGCAUCAGAGGCAUUGUAUGCAAGAAUCAAGAAAAUUAAGAGGAAGGACGUUGAAUGCCAGGCAUUCUUUAGGAAGGUCAUAAAGAAUCCCAUUUUCCAGGUCCUCAUGAUCAGCACCAUCACCUCCAAUGCUGCCUUCAUGGUCUUGGGGACUGAUUACAGCAUAAUGUACAAAUUGUUCAGACUCUUUGAGAUCUCAGAGAUUAUCUUUGUCUCCAUCUAUACCUGUGAGUUCUUCAUGAAGGUCUAUGUGGAGCCUGUUAAAUAUUGGAGAGAUGGCUAUAACCUACUGGAUGUGGCUAUUAUCUUUAUUAUCUUGAUACCCUAUUCCCUCCGAAAGAUCAAGGGAAAACAUUACAAAUUUCUCCAUAUUGCUGAUGGCAUACAGUCUCUUCGAAUCCUCAAGCUUAUCUCCUACAGCAGAGGUAUCAGGACACUCAUCACUGCUGUGGGACAGACUGUCUACACGGUGGCCUCUGUGCUGACCCUCCUGUUCGUGCUCAUGUAUAUCUUCGCUAUUCUGGGAUUCUGCCUGUUUGGAAUGCCAGAGAAGGGUGACCUGAAUAACUGGGGGAACCUGGCUGCGGCUUUCUUCACCCUCUUCAGUCUGGCUACGGUUGAUGGCUGGACAGACCUGCAGGAACAGCUAGACCAGCGGAAGUUUACUGUCAGCCGGGCAUUCACCAUCAUCUUCAUCUUGCUUGCUUCCUUCAUCUUCCUCAACAUGUUUGUGGGUGUAAUGAUCAUGCACACAGAGGACUCCAUCAAAAAGUUUCAGCGGGAGCUGAUGGUAGAGAGGCACAUGACACUUAUGGAGGAGAAGCAGGUGAUUCUGAGGCGCCAGCAAGAGGAGGUCAACAAGCUGAUGAACACACAGGAAAGUGGUGGUAAGAGCUUCUCUGAGCUGGUGGAGGAGUUCAAGAAGACCCUGCGGCACACGGACCCCAUGGUCCUGGAUGAAUUUGGCACUAGCCUGCCCUUCAUUGACGUCUACUUGUCCACUCUGGACAACCAGGACACCACUGUCAACAAGCUUCAGGAGCUGUACUAUGAGAUUGUGAACGUGCUGUGUCUGAUGCUUGAAGACUUGCCACCCCGGGAAAAGUCGUCCCAUAGCUUGGAAUUCAUGAUUUAGAGGUAGUGGGCAUGUGUGGCCUCAAAGGCUGUGGCAGUCCCAUUAAACACAGGCCUUCAGAGGUGGCUUCUCAAACUUGUUACAGUGUUGAUGUUGGUAAGACCUACCUUUGGAGGAUGGACCUGGAUAAGUGCCUGGAAAAUUGAUCCCCCAGGACCUUGGGAGCUGGGGGUGGGGGUCAUUCAAGACUUGCCCUGGCUAAUGGCUACAUCCUGCAGCACCCCCAGACCCGCUGAGCUCCUAGGGAAGCUGCCUGAAGACCACAGACCAACCAGAGCAUCAGCAGCUCUGUCAGUCAUGGCUGUGAUCAUGACCCCUGAAGGCUGACCUGUGCAAGUGCCCCAGACUGACAGAGGCCAGCUGCUGGAGAGGCUCUUCUUUAGGAGUCCAUGUUAAUUCCCCUGAGGUUCAUGCCAGGGCUUGUGGUGUGACCAGAAAGAUUACAUCAUGGAGUUCUGCAUAGGGGAGCCGCCUACUGGCCAUGUUAGGGCAUCUCCUGGAGUCUGGAGCUGUAUACAGCCUCCAGACUUCUUUUUUAUUUAGAUGGUGGCAUUUUCUAUGUCACUCCUGGCCAAAUGUCUCUUGGAGGUGAGAAAAUGCUAACACACUGCGCACAGUCACAGGAGCGGGCGAUCUGAAGACCACGGGGCAGGCUGGGGCAGCAGGACUUCGUGCUCUAGACUGGCAGCCCAACCCUAGUAGUACCUACUUUCUCCUCACUGCUCUGCUCGGUUGUCACCUGGCCUGUGUCAUCUUAAACACAGAGGGAAGCAGGUGCUGGGAAAAGCUUCGGAGGGAGACUGGUGGGUACCCAAGGCCAUGAGGCCAAGACAGCAAGAAACAGAGGAGGGAGAUGGUCUAGACAGUGGUUCUCGGUGGUGGUACACACCUUUAAUUGCAGCACUCGGGAGGCAGA